AUGGCUGCUAAAGUCAAGUGGACUGAGGUUCCUAAUAACACCAAUGCUAUUUGGUACAAGGAUUCAGGGCUGCGUCGCAAUGUCGCAUUUGGACUUGGUCUCUGCCUUGUCAUUGCAACCAAUUUAUUUCAACAACUAACCAUGCUACCCAUAGACCAAGGAAGUCUCUUGACUGGUUUCCAGGCAAUGCCUGCAUGGCAAAGAUACUUCAAACAGCCAACUGGCGCUCUUCUUGGAAUCUACGCUGCUUCCUUCUUCCUCCCGUCGAUAGUCACUGCUUUCAUCGGAGAUUACAUCUCCACGAAGUUUGGCCGUAGAUGGUGCAUCAUUAUCGCAAACCUGGUUAUCUUGCUCGGGUCAUUGGUUAACACGUUUGCCACAUCUAUCGGCAUGUGGGUUGCUGGUCGUGCCAUCAUUGGAUCUGGAGUCGGCAUUGUCAAAGUAGCGGCUCCCGUGUUGAUUCAGGAAAUAGCCCAUCCGCGUCUCCGACCUACACUUGGAUCCUUCUAUCAGACGUUUGCAUACUUUGGUAUCUUCUUCGCAGCAUUCAUGACAUUUGUCGGCCUGUACAUCCCAGGAGACUGGGGCUGGCGUUUUCCAUCGCUUCUCCAAGUCAUUGGCCCGGUCGUCAUCAUCAUUGUUGCUCUCCUCUGCCCAGAGUCCCCACGUUGGUUGGUCAAAAAUGGCAGGGAUGAAGAUGCUCUGAAAGUGCUCGCCAAAUACCACGCUAAUGGAGACUCACAAGACCCUCUCGUUCAACUGGAGAUGAGGGAGAUUGGCGAAGCCAUUUUGCGCGAAGCUGCUCAGCAACAGGCCAGUUUCUUGGACUUCCUUCGCACGCCAGGAAACCGAAGGCGUUUGUUGACCAUUACCUUGAUGGCAUUUUCUCUCAACUGGAUGGGCAACGGUAUCAUUACCUACUAUCUUGCACCUAUUCUGAGGUCUGUUGGUGUCAUCAAGCCUAUUGAAAUUACUCUGAUCAAUGCUGGUCUCGCUCUCUUCAAUCUUAUUCUCGCUGGCCUCUCCGCAAUUUACUGCGACAAAAUCGGACGCCGUCCACUGUUCCUCAUUUCAGUCACUGGCAUGCUGUGUUCUUACGCCGCUAUCAUGGGUCUCUCCGCCGGCUUUGCAAAAACCAAGAAUUCCUCCACGGGUAUCGCUGUUAUCGCAUUUCUCUUCAUCUACUUUGGGUUCUAUGACAUUGCCUUUACCCCUCUUCCUGUCGCAUAUACUGUCGAGAUUCUGCCUUUCACUGUUCGAUCGAAGGGUGUGGCGCUGUUCACCAGCACAGCUACCCUGGGCAACUCGUUCAACCAAUUCGUCAACCCAAUCGCCCUCAAGGCCAUCGCUUGGAAAUACUAUGCAGUCUACAUCGGUAUUCUCAUCUUCUACUUCGUCUACAUUUACUUCAUGUGCCCGGAGACUAAACGCCUCUCGGCUGAAGAUGCAUCGCGAGUAUUCGACUACGACCGCAAAGGUAACUUUCGAGGUGUGCGAAAGGAGGACCUGGAGAACCCAGAGACAGAGUGCACAAAGACAUCUGAAGCCACAUCUAUGGUCGAUGCUGAGGUAAAGACAGAAGAGAAGAAGAAGGAAGGACUUGACUUGUAG